AUGUUUGAUGAUAAUUGGUGUUUAACAUUUCCUUUCGAAAUAUAUGGAACAAAUACAAGAUACAAGAGAAGGCUGAAAAUAUUUGACUUCAUUCUCAAUUCCAAAUUGAAGAUGCCUACCGAAUCUGCAAUGAAUGGAGGGAUUGGAACUGAAAGCUAUGCCAAGAACUCAAGAUACCAGAGGGGAAUAGCGGAGACAGCGAAGGAAAUUAUAACAGAAGGAAUUAAGAAAAAUCUCGACAUCGAAAAGCUCUCCUUAACUUCAGUAAAUACUUUUCGUAUUGCAGAUUUCGGUUGCUCUACAGGACCUAAUACAUUCAUUGCAAUGCAAACAAUAGUUGAAGCAGUAUGGAAAAAGUUUGAAACUGAAUUAUCUGAUUCACAAGUCCCUGACUUUCAAGUCUUCUUUAAUGAUCGAACCUCCAACGAUUUCAACACUCUUUUUGCCUCACUUCCACCAGAAAGAAAAUACUACGCGGCUGGAGUUCCUGGUUCGUUUUACAAACGCCAGUUCCCGAAGGACUCGCUUCAUUUUGCUCAUUCAUCGUGUACACUCAAUUGGCUUUCUGUGUUACCUCAAGAGAUACUAGAUAACUCUUCUCCUGCAUGGAAUCAAGGAAAAAUUACGUAUUCUGGAGAGAGAAAGGAAGUGUUUAAUGCUUAUGCACUUCAGUAUGCUAAGGAUUUGGACUCGUUUUUUAAAGCAAGGGCACAAGAGUUGGUUUGUGGAGGCUUAACGGCACUCGUCAUUCCAUCUGUGCCUAACCCUAAUAAUGAUUUAUCUAAUAUCACUUUCCCUUCAUACGAUCUUCUGGGGGAUUGCCUCGUUGAGUUGGCUGAGAGGGGACGAUUCGAUGCAGCCAAAGUGGACUCGUUCAACUUGCCUGUAUAUUACACAUAUCCAAAUGAAUUGAAGGCCAUAAUUGAGAAAAAUCAAGAUUUCAGUAUUGAAAGAAUAGAGGUACUAAACAUCCAGAGCAAGCAUCAAAUUGAUCCUGACUCCAAAGCUUAUUCCCUGGGAAAAAGAGCUGUGUUCGAGGGACUAUUACAGGAACAUUUUGGAAGUGAAUUCAUGGAUGAACUGUUCGACCUAUACACAGAAAAAGUUGAAGAAACUGCAGUUCUAUUGAAUCCUAAAGAGACAUCUAUGGUCACAUUUGUCCUCCUCAAACGUGAUAUUAGAAUUACUUGA